AUGCAGUUCUCUCAACUUCUUCUCUCUGCCCUCCUCGCCGCUCCCGCGGUCCUGGCUGCCCCAGUCACCAGCGAUGCCAUUGCCGCUCGCUCCACCACCUGGACCAUCACAAACAUGAAGCGUGUUUGCAACACCGCCGACACCAAGUGCACAUGGACCUUUGGUAUUGAAAUCGGCUCCGGCACUGCCACCGCUUGCACCAUGGUCGUUGCGGGUACCGAUGCCUCCGAGCUUAGCGGCGGUCCCACCACCUGCGGCGCCUUCACUGUUACUUCCGGCUGGAGUGGACAGUUCGGUGCUGGAAAUGGCUUCACCACUCUUGCCGUUGUUGACAACGGCCUUGAUGAGAUCAUCUGGCCUGCUUACACCGAUAACCAGCUUGCUGGUGGCGUUGUCGUCACGCCCAACCAGAGCUACACUCCCACAGCCCUUUAA